UGUCUACACUGGACAGUAGAGCCCAGAGAGCUGCAACACGAUGGACAAGAUGCUGCUCCGUGUCUUGUAUUUCUCAGAGUGGUUCAUCCUCUGCACCUGCCUCCCCCGUCAGUACCACUAUGUGGGUCAGCCUUUGAACUGGACUGAAGCUCAGACCUACUGCAGAAAGACAUACACAGACCUGGCCACAGUUACAAACAUUGAAGAAGUUAUCCAACUCUUAUCUACCACUAACACAUCUGCAGCCUGGAUUGGUCUGUAUAGUGAAAUCGACUGGAAGUGGUCUGAUGGGUUUAAUGGGAAUGGGUCUGAGUACAGGAACUGGCAUACUUUUUCUUAUCAACCUGAUUUUGUGUCUGCUGGGCAGUUCUGUGUUUGUAUUGGAGAUGGUGGAGAAUGGUGGGAUGAUGAUUGCUCAAUUACCUACCCGUUUUUCUGUAGCAGAGGAACACAAAUGGAUCCUCAAUUUGUUCUAGUAAAUGAAAGAAAGACCUGGUCCGACGCUCAGAGGUACUGCAGGGAGAACUUUACAGACCUGGUCACUAUAAGGAACAACACAGAGAAUCAGAGGGUUCAGAGCUUGGUGCCUAGUGGAGACUGGGCAUGGAUUGGUCUGUACAGAGAUGCAAAUUUUUACUGGUCUGACCGGAGCAGCUUCUCCUUCAGCAACUGGGAUCGUAUUACAAAUGUAAUUGGCUCAAUGAAAGUCAUAUGUGGUGUCACUAACCUAUACAUUUUAGGAAGAUGGAGGUUUUUGUCCUGUGAUACAAGAAUACCAUUCGUCUGCCAAAGCCUUCCUCCAGUGGCUGCAGUAAAGAAGCAGGUUGUGAAGCUGAGGCUGAGCCUGAAGGAUUCCUCUGUUGAUCUGAACAACCAAAGUGUGAAAGCAAACCUCCUGAAAAAGCUUCAGGAGAAACUGGAGGCGAGUGGAAUGACUGGAGUCACUUUAAAGUGGAAAGAACAGCCGGAUGGGAACGUUUUCCACAAGGAGCGAUAAAACUCCAAGGAGAAGAAUAGAAAGAAGAAUGAACUCUGACAGAGUUGGACCCAGUUUUUUUUUAUUUGUGCUUAUCUGGAGAAGUUUAUGUCAUCUACUAAAACUCACAGCUCCACAUUAUUCUGUAAUUCAUACUCAAUCAUAACAUAAAUAAAUCCUGCACACCCUCAAGUAAGUUUAUUUUUUUAAAGAUACUUUAUUUAUCCUCUGAGGGAAAUGA